AAGCUGACACUUGACAUUGACAACGACAACCGAAAACGAUGAGGUUAUGUUGUGCUUUGUACUAUAUUAGGUUAGAAAAUAUUUUAAUAGUAUUAAAUAAUCACUCAGACAGGAUUAUUUAUUCAUGUUUGAAGCAAUAUUAGCAGAAACUAAAAUUUGUUAUUCCAAAGUGAUCAUAAUACUUGUGGACGAUGGAGACAACAGAAUUCGAUGCCACAAUAGGUGGCGAAGUGCAUCUUCCAAAUUCAGUGAAUAGUUUACAAUUUGCAACAUCUAGAAGUGUAGAAAUAGCUGCUAUGACCGAAAGUAUUCUUAAUCCAAGCAAAACUAAGCUGAUAUUCCAAUGCCUACCGGUACACAUGAGACGUCGAGUUAUGAGCCACAACUGUAAACGUCUGCCUAGGAGACUGCGCGAAGGACAUCUAGAACAACUGAAAAAAAGUGGCUUACCUCCAAAACAAAAACGACCUCCACGGAAAUACAGAAGACGUCCAGGGAAUUUAUUAGAAGAAUAUAACAGACGACAAAUGCAAAAUAUUUGGCUAGAAACUCACAUAUGGCAUGCUAAAAGAUUCCAUAUGACCAAAAGGUGGGGUCAUAGGAUAGCUUAUGCCCCUUGUGAUAAAGCAUUCAGGGCUUGUUAUAGAGCAAGUUCAGCUCAUUGUCUUAUACAAGACAUUUCAUAUUAUACAUCAAUACAAAUAACAGGACCGACUGAUAUUAUAAAAAGCUUGUUCAGUUCAAUAACAAGUCCUUGCUGUGGUCUUGGUAUAUGUGCUAAGGCAUACAUUAAUGGAAUUAGAGAAGGAUCAAUUCAUCUCUACAAAGCAAAUUCAUUUCCAUUAGGAUAUAUUGGAAAAAUACAAUUUAUCUGGAUUCAAAGUGAAGAUACAAACAAGACACUGUUUUUAUUUGUUCAUCCCUCUCAAGCAAAACAAGUUAGCACUAUUUUAAAAGAGAUUUUGAAUGGUGAUAAUAAUACUGAUAUUUAUGAACACUGUGAAAAAAGAAGGAAACUGACUAAUAAUUACUUAGAAAAAAUUCAAAUAAAGAUUAUUCCUGGAAGAUUUAAUAGAUUUCGACUGACAGGGCCAAACAGUCAUGCAAUAUUAGCUCGAAGCCUAAAAUGUGUAGAAAAUAUAGAGAAAUUGAAAAGUAGCAAAUGGACUUCUAUUGUUGAUGUAAAUAAAUUACAUUUAACUGAAAAGUUUGAAUACUGGAAAAUGAUAUCCAAUGCACACGCCCCAUCACAAUUACCUCCUUCUAUAGUUAUUGGCCUUAUUGUCAAAGAUCCUCGAUUGAGUCGUCCAUCACAUCGUACUAAAGCUAAAAGUGAUUCACAUGAGAUUAUUAAUACAGAAUGUUUACUAACUACUCCUAAAACAGUAUCAUAUUCUCCUUUAUGGGAUACAAACAUACAGGAAAUUAUCACAAAGGAAAAAAUGAACAAUUCUGAUUAUAUAAAACAUGUAACAAAAAAUCAAUUGGUGCCUGGAGAAGUAUUUGAAGAUGACCCAGCACUACAAUGUAUUCCUGUUGUUUUAAUACAGAGACCUGGAUCACAAGUUUCCAAUUUCAAAAAGAUUGGGUAUGGAAGUGGUUGGGAUGUCAUUAUACCAUCAGGGUAUGGUAUCCAAUUUUGGCAAACAUUUAUUAUGUUUGGUGCACGAUCAGGAGGUCUUAGAGAAACUGAAAGUUUAGCAUUUGAAAUGGGAGAAUGCUACCUACCACCCGACUCAGAUGCGGGACAGGAAGAAGAACGAAGAAUAUACUUAGAAUUGGAAGAUAAAUAUUUUAAACGUCCUCCAAGCAAAAGAGUCAAUUUUAUAAAGUUGGGUAUAAAUAGCCCUUUUAUAUGCCACUGGAAGUUAUUGCUUAAAGAUUGGUGUAAUGUUGAAAAUCGUAACUUUGAUAAUUUCUUUGUAUUAAGGGACAGAGAACUUCUCGUAAAGUUUCAGGACUGCAUAAGCCGUAAACAAGAACUGCCGCAAAUAGAGUGUGCUGAAGAAUGUCUUGUGGCGGUUUAUAUACGGAUUGCUAAUAAAGGAUUCUUAAAAAAACAUGCUUUAAUAUGUUUGCCAGAGAAUGGAGAUAGUACCAACAAUAUGUUGGUUGAACCAAGACAUGAUGAUCAGAAUGAAAAACUGAGAAAGGAAAAGCGAUUAGAACACAAAACAAAUAUGAAAAGAUUGAGAAGAAAAAGAAUAAAACUUAAAAAGAAAGCAACAACUGCUAUUUUAAAACCACAAAAACGUAAAUUGGAGCCAUCAGAAUAUGUGAAGUCAAUGAGAGAUUUAUGGCUUCCCGUCGACGUAAAAAGUGUACGCCGUACUUGUUCCAGACAAAUCAUGGGUUAUUUGACACAGGCAGCAUUCAGUUUCUUAGAAGCACGGUCCUGUGGAAUAGGCUAUGUUACUUAUAAUGCAUUAAAUACACUAUUAAAGUGUGGCUAUAAUGAAAUAUUAGUUAGAAACACAACAUCCAGAAAAUACAGAUUGGCUACCUUACAAGUUAUUCAAUAAAAG